GACAAUGGUGUCAGCACGAAAAACAAACCUACCAAACUCAUAUUACAGUACUGGAAAAAGGAAUACGAGAGGCAGCUGAAAUACAACUGGAAAUACGGCACAAAAAAACGCAGGUUGUCCAAAAAAAAAUUGCCGGCGAAGCUUCGCGAUCCCUUGGUCAUUUAAAAAGAGCAUUUGCAAAUGAAAGUCGUGAUGGUCGUUGUUCAGCUCUUGGAUUAUUAAAGGAUGCUAUGCCAGCAAAAAAAAUCGAGAAAGAUGAUUCAGCGCCUUUCAAGAAAAGAAUAACCCCAUCCCGCUUAGCUAAAGAGGAUAUUGUGACCAUACUUUUUGCCGAGCAACUUAAGGCUGGGAUAAAAAAAGUCAAUAACCAUUAUCAUAUAGAUUCCACGACCAUUAAAAAAUAUGUGCAUCCUCAUCCUUAUGAACAUACAAACUCAAUAGGGGAACCGAAUGCCAAGCAAGAUAUCGUUGCAAAACGAAAGAAAAAACAAGCUGAGAUUGAGAGAAUUGCGAAACAGAUUUUUUAA